AUGUCACACUCCAAACACCAUACUGAAGACGACGAAGGCUUCAGAAAUCUGACACUGCAGCCCAGCACACUCUCUGGACUCGCGUCAAGCGCUUCAAAGCGCCAUCACACCCGAGAGGCAUCCAUCAAUUCAGCUGGGUCCCUCUCCGCGGACCGUCCAGCAGGUGUGAUCAAGAGCACGUCAAGUCGCCGUCCCAGGAGCAGGUCCAGGGGGAGCGGGGACUGGGCAUUGCAGAACAUGAACUUCUAUGACAAGCUGAAAGUCUACAUGAAGAAUGAGACCUACAGGCUCACGAUCGAGACGUUCAUGGAGGCGGGGACUUACGAGUCAGCGAUCGAAAGAGCCCAGAAAGAGGAAGGGGGACACCUACUUGAGGGUGUGAAGAGACACCAGCUUACCAAAUUUUUCAGAGAGGAACGUGAGGCUGAAGCUGAGGCGAAGAGGCUGAUGGCCGAACAGACCGCUGGUCGAAGCGAGACGGAGUGGGACGACCAGGAUCCCUGGGCUCCCGACGCUACGUCCGCUCAGGGCAACAGCAGGAGCACGGCUCCCCGGCUGGUCGUCGCACCUCCGGGCGUCUGCGAGCAGUCUGAACCUGACUGGCUUGAUCCCAACAGUGGGCAUCAAGCCUGGCACGUGCAGGAGGAUGAUUGGACCACUCAUCCCGCCGAUUGCAAUUGCAUCAGAUGCUCUUCUUACCGAGACCAAGCAUUCAUGGGUUGA